GCUACCAACAGAGCGUUCUGAUCAAGACGUGAAUCAGUUUUGAAUUUUAUAUGGCUAGUUGUUGCUGCAAUUAUAAGUUUCAGUGUUGCUCCUAUAGGCCUAGUAGUAUGUAUUUGUAAAGGUAAAAAAUGCACCUUGUCCUUUGUAUUAUUGAUGUGAACAAGAGAAAUUCAAUCAGGUACUGUGCAAAUCGUCUUUAACUGAUCUAUUCUAAGCCUAGGCACCAGCCCGUAUUCUGUAGCUUCAUUCAGCAUUCUUUCAGCGGCAGCAGGGUUCCUUAACUUUCUGAUAGCAUUUAAGAAUUGAAUUUAUAAGGAUGGUGAAUUCUGACAGUGGUUACCAUUCUCCAGAUAGUGAAACAAACAAAAUGAAAUUUUCAAUUUGCACCUUGUUCUUAACUUUGUAUGUUUGGAUAUUACCAAUACAAGUAUUAUCUGGGGAUGUUAAACCAAGACAUGAAGUCUAUACCCCUGAUUACAAAUUCUACCACAAUUUAACAAAAAUAAAACUUCAUAUUGAAGACUUAUUAUCAAAGAACCCAGGUUAUAUACGGCAUUAUACUGAGUACGAGUCGAGAAAUGGUGCAUCACAGUUCGUUCUCAGGAUUUCAAACUUCUCAGACAGUAAGAUGGCCUCACAUAUGUAUACCAUUGCCGAUCAUAAACCUAGGAUUCUACUUUCCUUCGGAGAACAUGCAAGAGAAUUUCUUCCUAUUGAAAGUUUGUUUCAUCUGUUGACGAAUCUAACAAGCGGACUGGCCACUCCUAGGGGUUCAAAUACGGAAGCAUUCUCAAGAAAAGUCCUGUCGCAGAUAGACUUAUUUGUUAUAGUGAUGGCUAAUCCUGACGGUAGAAAACACAUAGAACGUACUUAUAAUUAUUGUUGGCGAGGCACAAGUGUUGGUGUCGAUCUUGAUCGCAACUUUGAAUGGGAGUUUGGCGGUAAAGGUAGCUCGGAUGAUCCGAACGAUGAGGAAUAUCGAGGACCAUAUCCAUUUUCAGAACCUGAAAGUUUUGUUUUUCGUGACCUUACAAAGCGCUACCAUUUUGACAUGUUCGUGUCAUUUCAUUCUGGGAUACGGCAAAUCUUUUUACCAUUUGCAGAUUCUGUUUCGAAGAGAGAGAGUCGCAUUCCCAGCAACAUGGAUGCUCAACUCCAUCUAGCAUCCAAAAUAGCAAGGGCGGCGGUUGCAGAUUUUAACUUUGGUAUUGGUUACAAAUUAAAUAGUUAUCCAGCGGAUGGCACAAUAUAUGACUACAUGUCGGGAAUAAUGAAGAUUCCUUUUUCUUACACAAUAGAAAUUUGGGGGCAAGGAGACCACAAGGGGGCACAGUGCUUUGACUUAUUCAACCCACCAAAUGAAAAUUUACAGAAAGCAGUAUCUGAUUUGAUGCCAAUUUAUGAGACAAUUUUCGACUAUGUUAUUAAAUGGAAAGAGCAGCAAAUUCACCAAUACUUUCAUAUAUCACAGGAACCAGCGUUUGCUGUUUCCAUGGGUUAUAUACUUUUACUAGUUGUCUUCCUUCUGUUCCUGUUGGUCAUGUUCCAGCAUAAACUUCCGAUAAAUUUACGACCAUUUAACCGCAGAAGAGUCGUCAGUCUUCGCUCACUUAGUUCAACAUUUUCAGUUGUCGGAGGGAUCAAGAUAACCUGAUGUAAUGUCAGUGAUAUUCCACCAAUUGGCAAAACACCCUCUGCAACAUUCCCGAAGCUCAUUCCUUUAAACUAAGAAGUAUAUUUCAAUUUCGUUUUAGUUCUAACAUUAAAAUGCUUGUUUUA